UGAAUAGUUGAGCUGUCACACGCAUUAACAAGAGUUGCGGAGGUUGUGCGCUCUUUACAGACAACAAACCCUCGUUUUGUAUGUUAAUAACCGUCUAAUAAUGACUCGCAAAGUAUAGGUACUGUAACGGGAUCUGACGUCGUGGAGACUUUUCUCAACUCUAGUCCUCUCAGCUUUUCCAGCUCAUUUACCGGAGCAGAUCUGAAGAUAUGGAAUUUAUAACAAAACGAACAAAGCUAUGGUUAUAUAACUAAACGGACCAGAGCCUCUCAGUUUGUUUGUUUGUUUGUUUGUUUGUUAGGUUUUUGGGCUUCUCAACCGCAGGAUUUCUGGAACCUCAAGCAGCUCCAGGAUGGUGAACAGCCAGGCCUCCAGCCUGCCUCCCAGCUCCAGGGUGUGUGCUGGCUGCGGGGGAAAGAUCUCAGAGCGCUUCCUGCUCUUCUCCAUGGAUCGCUACUGGCACACGCGCUGCCUCAAGUGCUCCUGCUGCCAGGCCCAUCUGGGGGACAUCGGUUCCUCCUGCUACUCCAAGGGGGGCAUGAUCCUCUGCCGCAGCGACUACCUCAGAUUGUUUGGUCACAGCGGGGCUUGUGGCGCGUGCGGACAGUCCAUCCCGGCCAAUGAGAUGGUGAUGCGGGCACAGGGGGACGUGUUCCACCUCAAGUGUUUCAGCUGUGCAACGUGUCGGAACCGGCUGGUACCGGGGGAUCGCUUCCACUACGUCAACGGAACCAUCUUCUGUGAACACGACCGGCCCGGUAACACUCUGGUCGCUAACCACGAUCGCCCCGGCAACGCACACCUUGGUAACCUGCACCACGAUCGGCCCGGCAACGGCCUCCUCGGCAACCGCCACCACCACGAUCGCCCCGGCAACGGUCUCAUCGGGACCCACCUGCCCCAGCUUCAGAGCAGCUCGGUGCUGACGGACCAGAAGGUUUGUUGAGUGGCACGGGGAACGGCUUGGACACAAAA